GCACAUAGUUGUCUGUGGCCACAUAACACUUGAAAGUGUGUCCAACUUCCUGAAGGACUUCCUGCACAAGGAUAGGGAUGAUGUCAACGUAGAAAUCGUCUUUCUGCAUAAUAUCUCCCCUAACCUUGAGCUGGAAGCUCUUUUUAAACGACACUUCACUCAGGUGGAAUUUUAUCAGGGUUCAGUCCUUAAUCCCCAUGACCUGGCGAGAGUGAAGAUAGAGUCAGCAGAUGCGUGCCUAAUCCUUGCUAAUAAAUACUGCGCUGACCCAGAUGCUGAAGAUGCCUCCAAUAUUAUGAGAGUUAUUUCAAUAAAGAAUUAUCAUCCGAAGAUAAGAAUUAUCACUCAGAUGUUGCAGUAUCACAAUAAGGCUCAUCUGCUAAAUAUCCCAAGCUGGAACUGGAAAGAAGGGGAUGAUGCAAUCUGUCUUGCUGAGCUCAAGCUGGGUUUCAUAGCCCAGAGCUGCCUGGCACCAGGCCUUUCAACAAUGUUAGCCAACCUCUUCUCUAUGAGGUCAUUCAUAAAGAUUGAGGAGGAUACGUGGCAGAAAUACUACCUGGAAGGAGUUGCAAAUGAAAUGUAUACAGAGUAUCUGUCUAGUGCCUUUGUGGGUUUGUCCUUCCCUGCAGUUUGUGAACUGGUGUUUGCGAAACUAAAGCUCUUAAUGAUAGCCAUAGAAUACAAGUCGGAAAAACGAGAAAGCAG